AUGGAUCAGGUAUUUGAUGUGGUGAUUAUAGGAGGGGGUGUGGUGGGCUGUUCCCAGGUGUUCACUCUAAGUAGACACGGCUACAAAUGUCUGCUUCUGGAAAAGGAAGCGCACCUUGUGUCCAUGGCCAGCUCUGGAAACAGUGGGAUGCUACACACAGGGUUUGAUGCUCCAUUAGACAGUGUUGAACUUUCCUGUAUACUCAAAUGUCAGCAACAGAUCCUACCUACCCUCAGUUCUCUUGGGCUUCCAUACUCAAAAAUAGGAGCAACUAUGGUGGCCUGGAAUACCCAACAGAAAGAGAAACUUCAUCAAGUGAUGCACAGGGCCAAAGAAGACGCUUGUGAAAUAUCCUUGUCACAACUCUACCAGAGGGAGCCACAUUUAGCUUGUGGAGCUACUGGCGCCCUCUGGAUACCAUCAGAAGCUGUAAUUGAUCCAUGGCUGACACCAAUCAGUUUUGCACAUCAUGCAAAAACAUUAGGUGCUAAGGUGUCAACAAGUACAAUGGUCCAGAGCUGCGAGCAAGACUCCCCAGGGAUCUGGAGAAUCUGUACCAACAGGGGUGUAUUCUGUGGCCAAGUGGUCAUCAACAGCGCAGGUCUGUAUGGUGAUGUAGUGGACAAACUGGCUGGAGUCCAAAAGUUCAGAAUUAUGCCAAGGAUGGGUCAGUACCUUGUUUACGGCUCUGAGACCAAGUCUCUCAUCAACAGUAGUAUACUGCCCAUCCCUACUGACAAAACCAAAGGAGUCAUUGUAUUCAAGUCUGUUUAUAACAAUGUGAUAAUUGGCCCUACACAAGAAGAGACUGAACAACGUACUAUACCAUUUGGCCUUUCUCAGCAAGUGGUGAACACCCUACUGAAUCAUGGACAUGUCACUGUGCCUUCUCUAGGGUCAUAUCCUGUAAUAACCACAUACUCUGGUACACGCCCUGCUACAGAGACUAAGGACUACCAUGUAGUUCCCCACACUGACAGGAACUGGCUGACACUGGGAGGUAUUCGCUCCACAGGGUUGUCCUCCUGCUUGGGGGUCGCUGACAUGGUUGCCAAGAUUAUGAAAGACAGAUUCUGUCUGGAACCUACAAACAGUCCCAACAUGCACCUUCCCAAGGUAGACAUCUUCUUUACAAACCAAGGAACAGCUAUGUUGGGAUCCCAAGAAUAUACUGUUACACACCCUAUCACCUACACUGGCAAGUUUGACAAGAAAGUCUGUGCCAAUUUGUGA